AUGUAUUACCAUGUAUUAAGUGUUCUAUCUCAGAUCCAGCGUUAUGAUAAUUUCAUUAUUCCAGUCGUUGAUUCUUUGAAGUACUUGACGCCAAUAGCUUACGAUGUACUGGCAUAUUGUAUCAUAGAGGCACUGGGUAACCCACAGAAAGAGCGGUUGAAGCUAGAGGAUACAAACCUCUCCAUCUGGUUACAAAUACUGGCCUCUUUCUCUGCUAAUAUAUUUAAGAAAUACCCAGUGGAUCUCACCGGAUUAUUGCAAUACGUAACCAAUCAGCUUAAAGCAGGGAAGAGUUUUGAUCUAUUGGUGCUAAAGGAGGUGAUACAGAAGAUGGCAGGUAUAGAGAUUAGUGAUGAGAUUACAGCUGCUCAGUUGGAGGCAAUGGCUGGAGGAGAGCUACUGAAAGUUGAGGGUGGUUAUUUUUCUCAAGUUCGUAACACUAAGAAAUCAUCUCAGCGUUUACGUGAAGCACUAGUUGAUUCUAACCUUUGUCUCCCCUUGUGUCUACUAACAGCCCAGCAAAGAGACUGUAUAGUCUAUAGAGAUGGGAGCCAUCUUCACUUGAAGCUAGUCUGCUCCAUGUAUGAUAAUUGUAUGGAUACUCUGGUUCAGUUUGGUGGUUUCCUCUCAUCUCAUUUAAGUCCUGAUGAGUACUCAAAGAGAGUCCCUUCACUAGAUACCCUGAUACAGGAGUACAGGAUGACAGGGGACGUAGCGUUCUUCCUUUAUAGACCAAAGAUAUUCUCAAGCAUUGGAGUCAAGUUUGCCGAGUUAGAGAAAUCCUUUAAACACUUCAUUACAUCAUGCGAGGAAGUCUUUGGUCCAAUUAUAGAAUCAGUCAGACCACUCCAACCGAGCAAAGUCUGGGAAGACAUUAAUUGUUCGUUCUAUGUUGCUUUCUGGUCUCUAUCCUUAUAUGAUCUUCAUGUUCCCAAGGAGCGGUACAAUGAUGAGAUCAAUAAAGCUAAAGAUGCUAUACAGGCACUGGAGAACAAUCAAGAAAUGCCGGCCAGUAAGAAGAAGAAAGAGCAGGAGCGGUCCCAGGCUCUCAUUGAUAAACUGAUGGAAGAGAAGAAGAGACAGGAGGACAACCAUCAGCUGAUCAUCAGCUACUUGAGGAACCAGAAGGACUCUUUUAUCAAUCCACGUGUCCUUAAAAGUCGUACAUUGAAUCGUCUGUUGCAGCUGUGUAUAUUCCCGAGGUGUCGGUUCACUACUCUUGAUGCAAUAUAUUGCGCCAAAUUCAUACAAACACUUCACAUUCUGGAGACACCUAACUUCUCUACAAUACUGCUACUGGAUAAAUUGUUUUCUGAUGUUUCAUGCACUGUAUCUGCCUGUACUGAGAAUGAAGUCAGAAGAUAUGGUCAUUUCUUGUACUAUUUGCUUGAGAUGAUCGGCCGCUGGCAUAACAGUGAAUCAAUUUAUAUGGCUGAAUGUGCUAAUACUCAAGGUUUUGUCUCUACGAUGAAGUCCUCAGCCUCCGGCAACGAGAAACUCAAUUUAGACUAUGAGAACUAUCGUCACGUGACCCACAAAUGGCACUACAAGAUAACCAAAUCCUUAGUGAUGUGUCUGGAGUCCAAAGACUACAUUCAAAUCAGGAAUGGACUGUUGCUAUUAACAAAGAUCUUGCCACAUUAUCCUAAAGUGGAGCAUCUCUCUUUGGUCCUGGAGAGAAGGGUUGGUAAGAUCAUCGAAGAAGAGAAGGACAAAAGACAGGAUCUUUAUGUACUAGCAAUUGGUUAUGCUGGUAUGCUGAAAACACAAGCCCCUAAUCUUAUUCCUGAGACAGAAUUCCAUGAGAAGGUCAUUAAGAAGGAGGAACCCGAUACCUUGUCAAACGGUAAAGAUGAGAAACCCAAGCCUAAACCAGCUCCAUCAUCAUCUCAAACGAGUGAUAAACCCAAACCUCCUGAAAAACCCAAAGUAUCAACUAAAGCUCCCAAAGUACCAGAAAAAGUGAAAUCCUCCGAAAAUAAAGUACCAACUCUGCCCGCUACUGAGAAACCCUCUAGUACUGAACGGACUGAGAAACCAAAGAGUGUUCCAAAACCAAGCGAACCAAAGACAGACAAGAUUAGUACCCCAAAAACUGGAGGAGGAGGAGGUUCUGAAUCUAAAAGAACCCCCAGUGCUGAGAGAGUGUCAUCUACCACUACCCCUACUGCUACUGCUAAUAAUAAUAAUAAUGCUACUGCAAAGACAGGAGCAGCUGCUGAUAAAGUAGAACCCAAAUCAUCGUCUAAAGUUGAUCACAAAUCAACUGAUUCAAAAACCAAACAAUCGGAGGAAGUCAAGACAAGUAAACCUGUUAAAACUGAGCCUGUUUCGUCACAAACCACACCUACUUCUGACGCUAAAAAUAUCAAGAAAGAUGAAGUGAUUCAAGCCACAGCCACUAGUACCACCGAACCAAAGAAAGGUGUGGUCACCACACCCACUCUUGAAUCUAAAAAAGUGCCUAUGUUAUCUUUAGAGAAGUUACCAAGUGGGCGUGUCACUCGUCCAACUGAUUCCGACUCACCUCGAGGUCAGAGGAGACCACACCCAACAACUACAGGCGGCCAAUCAAAUUCAUCUGAAACUCAUGAUAAAGAUCCAAAGAAAAGAAAGGUUGAGGAAACAUCCACACCCGCUAAAGCGGGACAUGCCUCCUCCUCCCCAUCAACUGAUAAGAAGGUUACUACAACCACAACAGUAGCAGCUGCUACUCCUACUGGAGGAGAAGGAGGAGAUAAAACUAGUGGAAAGACUUCAAAUAAUGUAUCUACACCAAAACCAGAGAGGAAAAGGGAGAGGUUACCUGAUAAGGAUCCUCCCAGUAAUAGU